GCUGCAGUUUGUUUCUCUCUUUCUCUCUCUUGGAAAAGCUUGCAGGUAGCCAAGGGCUAUGAUUGGGUGCAGAGUUACCUGAGGCAGGUGGGAUGCGCGUAGGGUUUGAGCAUCGCCUAUAAAGCUCUCUGGACCGCCGUUCCUCUGGUUUACCUUGGUUUCCUUUUCAAGUACAGGAUGGGGCUCUUAAAGUCUUUGGCCCUUGUUUGCCUUUGCUGGGCUGUCUGGGAAGGAGCUGCUUUUGACUCUUGGGACGGUGUCUUCAGGAACCCGGUGGGAUGGAGAUCUUCUGCGGCAAGAACAGAUCCCUCUGUGGGGCAGCCCUAUGCCCUGUCCUGGUCUCAGAAUUAUCCCCAGGCUUGGGUGGAUCCUUCCCAGCCAAGGAUCCUGUCUCCCUUGACCCCGGUGGCUGCCCAGUGUGGGGAGGCCCAAGUGGUGGUGACGGUCAACAGGGACCUUUUUGGUACCGGGAGGCCUAUCAAAGCCACGGACCUCACCUUGGGCUCUCUGGGCUGCCAGCCCACUUCCUACGAUGCCGCUCAAGACCUGGUGACCUUCGCUGUGGGGCUCCAUGAGUGUGGCAGCACCUUGCAGAUGACCCCCGAGUCGCUGGUCUACAGCAUCAGUCUUUACUAUAACCCGACUCCUUCCGCCAGUGCGAUCAUCCUGCGGACCAGUCCGGCCGAAGUCCCCAUUGAGUGUCAUUACCCCAGGAAAAACAACGUGAGCAGCAAGGCUAUCAAGCCCACCUGGGUCCCUUUUACUUCGACUCUCUCGGCAGAAGAGAAGUUGAGCUUCUUCUUACGCUUAAUGAACGAGGACUGGAGCGCUGAGAGAGUCUCCAAUGGGUACCAGCUGGGAGAUGUGAUGCACAUUCAGGCUGAUGUGAACACUGAGAACCAUGUGCCCCUGAGGCUCUUUGUUGACAACUGUGUGGCCACUCUGAGCCCAGGCAGGGACUCUGCUCCCCAAUAUUCCAUCAUUGACUACAAAGGCUGCCUCAUUGAUGGGAGGUCAGAUGCCAGCUCCGCUUUUCUGUCACCAAGGCUCAGGGAAGACUCCCUCCGGUUCACCGUCGAGGUCUUUCGCUUCUCAGAAGAUCCCCGGGAUCUGAUCUACAUCACGUGCCACUUGAAGGUUUCUGCGGUGGAUCGGGCUCCAGACCACGAACACAAGGCUUGUUCUUUCAACAAAGCAAGUGACAG